ACACAGCUUUCCAACAGAAGAAUCUCUUCCCGAUCAUCAAGCAUGGUGGUGGGAGUAUCAGGGUUUGGGGCCCACUUCGGUGCCUCAGGACCAUCAUUGGUGGAACCAGGAAUUCAGGUUGAAGGAGAAUGUCGGGCUAUCCACUCAUCGGCUGAGGCUGAACAGAAGAUGGGUGAUGCAGCAUGCAAGCAGAUUAUCCAAGUCAGGUCCUAAACCCCAUUGAAAUGUUAUGGUAGUCACUAGUACUAGCAGUUACAGAAUCAUACUUAUUCAUGCAUGGAUAUUUACCAUUGAAUCAUUCUGUUAAUCCAAAUAUAUCCAAUGUCUUUGUGUUGCUAGUUAAAUCAGAGAUUUGAUUAUGCUUUAGGUAUAAAAUAUAAAAAUAUGGACCAUCCAAGGGGGUUCACAAACCACACUUCUUGCACUAUAUAUACUGAAAUAUUACAGUCUAAUGUACGUAACCUGUGGCUCCAGUUAAUUUGUCAGUUUGUAAUGCUGUGAAACCACAGGUAAUGCAAAUCUAUAGCUUUCAACCUUAGUAGUGGUAUUGAAGUCUCACAAAUGAAUGUCCUGCAAUGAACAUACAGUUUUCCAAAUCAAAUUAUAGUGCAUUAACUAGUUACUAGUCUUCACCAGCCAGGGUAACUGGGUCAUUGGGAGGGGGGUGUAAAAAAGGAUGCACAAUUCACAUAUUCUAGCUGUUUGUGUCCCCAGAGGCUUUUGCCAGCUUCCAAACUCCCUUCCUCGCUGUCCCUCUUGGCGAGUUAGAGAUGGAGGUCCACACGCAUUCAAUCCCCCAGACUCUUCGUAUGACAUUCACGUCCAGCAUGUAAACGGAAGUCGUGCCGGCCAGCUCGGAGAGCCUAGCUCCCUUGCCUACAACAUGGACAAGCCGACCACGUGAGCUUUCAAACCAAUUAAACAGUAAGACACUGGAUUAUUUCCUUGGCUCAUCUGCUGCCAGGGAUUUCUGCAAAUGGGAUAAGUCUGCUUAGAGGUUUUAGGCUGACGUACUGUAACUUCAGGUUUAAUCAUUUGGGUCCUAGGCAAUCCUCCUCCUUUUGCUGGAAAAGGACCACCAGAAAUACCUGUAGUGCCCACUUGCCAGGCGUUUAUGUUAAUUUUUGUAAAAACAUCAUAACAACGUGUGGGGGAGGGGGGCAAAAAUUAUCAGCUGUCUGUGCUCCAGGCGUUGCUAUUAUUUGGGUGGUCAGGAUGGCUAUGGGGAAGAGGAUUCUAACCAAAGUAUUGCCCUUGUCGGCUCCUUCCUGGAAUGGAUUACAAAUUUCUUCAUAAACCCGAACACUGUUAUCGUUGCUUCGGUUCUUUUGCUUUUCAGCAAUAAGAUCUGCGGACCCAAGACCCUAGUGUUUCCUUUAAAAGAAAAGAAAAAAAACUACAAGCAGCUUCUGCUGAAACAAAAAACAAAUCCAUCAGAAUGGCUAUCAUGAAAGUGAAGUUUGAUCAGAGGAAGCGGGUGAAAUUGGCACAGGGACUAUGGCUGAUGAACUGGUUCUCAGUGAUGGCCGGAGUCCUGGUCUUCAGCAUGGGACUGUUUUUCAAAGUCGAGCUCCGCAAGAGGAGUGAAAUGAUGGACGACUCGGAGAGCCACUUUGUCCCCAACUCCCUUAUUGUGGUGGGGAUCCUUGUGUCUGCUACGAACGUCUUAGGGGGCAAGAUCUGCUAUGACUCCCUGGACCCGGCCAAGUUCAGCAAAUGGAAAGCUUUCCUAAAACUCUCCCUGGCUGUUUGCUUCUUCUUCAACAUGGUUCUGUUUGUAACGGCCAUGAUGUGCUUCACCAUGCGGCUGGCUCUGGAGAGCACCCUGGCCCAGGGGCUGAAGAAUGGGAUGAAAUACUACAAGGACACAGACACGCCUGGUCGCUGCUACAUGAAGAAGAGCCUGGAUAUGUUGCAGAUCGAGUUCCGCUGCUGUGGGAAUAACAACUACAAGGACUGGUUCGAGAUCCAGUGGAUCAGCAACCGCUACCUGGACUUCAGCUCCAAGGAGGUCAAGGACCGGAUCCUGAGCAAUGUGGAUGGCAAGUACCUGAUGGAUGGGGUGCCCUUCAGCUGCUGCAACCCCAGCUCCCCGCGGCCCUGCAUCCAGCACCAGCUCACCAACAACUCUGCGCACUACAGCUACGACCACCACACCGAGGAGCUCAACAUCUGGACCCGCGGCUGCCGGGAUGCCCUGCUCAGCUAUUAUGGUGGCUUGAUGAACUCCAUUGGCAGCAUGGUCCUGCUGGUCUGGCUUCUGGAGAUGGUGGUAAUGGUAGGGUUGCGGUAUCUGCACACCUCCCUGGAGUCCCUGUCGAACCCAGAAGACCCCGAGAGCGAGAGUGAAGGUUGGCUGCUGGAGAAGAGUGUGAAGGAGACCCUCUCCUCCUUCAUGGAGAGCAUCAAGGCCCUGGGGAAGACCAACCAGGUAGACGCAGAGGGCGGGGCAGGAGAAGGGGCACAGGCCGUUGCCACGGUGAGCUGAGAGAGCCCUGCCCACCGGAACUGAGACCACUCCCAGCCGGGAGACAGAAAAACAAAGCACGCUCGCUAACACCUACAUGACAAAACUGCACAGUCAAAGUGAACAAAAUCCUUCUUCUGGAAUGUGAAAUAAGAAAAAAAAAACAUUUACAUGUUUAAAAAAAGCAUGACGUUUUUUCAGGUAGUUAAUGGGUGUGGUAAAUUUCUGUCUUCCAAUGUCACCCAUCUGAAUUACGUAUGAAAAAUAACCUCACAUCAACCCCAGCUGAGCUCCGAGUUCAUGCCUCAUGUCUUGCUUUGCAAUAAGGAAUCUUGCAACCAGAGAGCAGGAAUACAUUCCAUUAUUUACACCCUUAUAAUAUUGUACCCUCAUUUAAAAAAAAGAUAUAUAUAUAUUUUACGCUAGUUUGACAUUUCAAGUACUACUGAAAAAAAGGAUCUUUAACCCGAUUCACAUCGCCCUUCCCUGGAGCUCGGUACUUGCCCUCUCCACUGGUGCCCGAUAACCUUUAAAGCCACAGCUCAAGUCAGUCUUGGUAUGUUUUUCAAUGGUUCACCUUAGGUCUGGGCGCAAGCACAGGCACAAAAAUCUGACCGUUAUCAAAGCACCUUGCACAGAAGAGAAAACAGAAAUCAAGUCAGCUUCCCUUAGAAGAAACAAACUGAUAAAGUCUGGUGUGUAAUGUUUGGGGCACUUCAGGCUUUUUCUUAUAUUAGAAUCAUUCUGACAGUGAGAGUUGCCUUUCAGGGACUUUCUAAGGCCACACUGAUCAGGUUGCUUUAAACUGUGAAUUCAGCUAUACGGUGGUAAAGGGACAUCAAGCUAAAAGCUCAUCAAGAGAAGGAUGAGAGAAAUAGGUGCCAUGGUAGCACCUUGAAUCAGGCAGCUGUCAAACCUCUGUCCUUGCCAACUCAAAAAGUCCCCAGGUGAUACAUUGGGUGGGCUUCUCUGCUGAGGCUAGCAGGACAUGCCAAACAACAACCUUGACACAACUGUAGCUGUCGGGUCAGAGAUCGUUUUUUUUUCCAAUGAAUCAUCCAGGAUUGUAGCAUCUUUACAAGGGGAGAUGUCAAAGAGAUUUAGAAUUGGGUGCAAUUAAUGUUGGAAUUUGAUAGUUCGGACAAGAGGAAGCUACAGCCGAUUCUAGAACCAAUUUCAUGGAGUCUGUUUUAACACUGCUUCUUUAUAAAUGUGCAUAGACAUUAAGGAUCAUAUUUCCAACUAAACACAAUGUGUUGUUGCUAAAUUUUAAACAUAUAUAUUUUACUUAUCUUUGUAAGUAUUUUCUUCCAUUGUACUUUGAAAAGUUAACUCUUUCCUGUAAAUUGUAAAUUUCUAUAUACACUCUUCUGUCUUGUCCAUUCCUACAGAGUAAGUUAGCUGGUUCUUCUCUGUUUGAUAACGUGUAUAAAGAUUUACCCAAGAC